AAAAUCGCGAAGCGCGCUCCGCGGUCCGCUCGGCUCGGCGUGCACGAACUGAUAAUAAAACACUCGUGUUUUAUAAUAUCCAGUGAUAAUGGCAGAAACGGCAGAUUUAAAUAAGAAGGCGAAUGACAACCGGCUGAGACCUGCGAUCCGCAGUCAUCAACGAACCCCCUCCGGCUCUCGCGACUUCAAAGAGGCCACAAAACGAGAUGCCCUCGCAAGAGUAGAAGUGGAACUUGACAGGUUACUGGCAACGUUACCUGAGGCCCGCAAACCAUUGGUCACUAAGGAGUUCCAGGGGUUUAAGAAUCUCUUCAGCCGGUUCCUUGCUGAACAGGGCCCAUCAGUAACAUGGGAAAAGAUCGAGAAACUCCCAGAGGGCGCGGUCAUCGACUACGGCUCCCUCGAGACCCCAACCACAGACAAUAUCCACCACAUGUUAGACAAACUUGUGGUGGUCAAGCUGAAUGGUGGUCUGGGGACCUCUAUGGGUUGCAAGGGGCCGAAGUCUGUCAUACAAGUGAGGAACGAGCUGACGUUCCUGGAUUUGACUGUGCAGCAGAUUGAGCAUCUGAACAAAACCUACAAAUGCAACGUACCCCUCGUCCUAAUGAACUCAUUCAACACCGACGAAGACACCCAAAAGGUCAUCCGCAAAUACAAGGGCUUGAAGCUGGACAUACACACAUUCAACCAGUCUUGCCAUCCGCGUAUUAACCGGGAAUCUCUACUGCCUGUGGCGAAGGAUGGACACGUUUAUAAUGAUAUUGAAGCCUGGUACCCACCCGGUCACGGCGAUUUCUACGAGUCUUUCCACAAUUCCGGCCUCCUCCAGAAGUUCAUCAAAGAAGGCCGUACCUACUGCUUCAUCAGUAACAUUGACAACCUGGGCGCCACUGUCGACCUCAACAUCCUCAACUUGCUCCUCAACCCAAAUCAUCAACAGCCUGUCAACGAGUUCGUUAUGGAGGUAACCGACAAAACCAGAGCGGACGUCAAGGGAGGCACCCUCAUCCAAUACGAGGACAAACUCCGCCUCCUCGAAAUCGCCCAAGUGCCCAAAGAGCAUGUCGACGACUUCAAAUCAGUCAGCCAGUUCAAAUUCUUCAACACCAACAACUUAUGGGCCAAACUCGACGCCAUACAAAGAGUCGUCGAACAAGGCUCUUUAAACAUGGAAAUAAUAGUUAAUAACAAGCAUUUAGGCGAUGGUUUGAACGUUAUCCAACUUGAAACUGCUGUAGGUGCAGCUAUGAAAUGCUUCGAAGGAGGAAUAGGCGUGAACGUACCUAGAUCUAGAUUUUUACCUGUGAAAAAGACCUCAGAUUUGCUGCUAGUCAUGUCUAACUUAUACAGCCUGUCGCACGGGUCUUUAGUUAUGUCAGAGCAGAGGAUGUUCCCGUCCACGCCGCUUGUGAAGUUGGGGGACAACCAUUUCGCGAAAGUGAAGGAGUUUUUGAACAGGUUCGCGACGAUACCGGAUCUGAUUGAGUUGGAUCAUUUGACGGUGUCUGGGGAUGUUACUUUUGGAAGAGGAGUUUCUUUGAAGGGCACGGUGAUCAUCAUAGCGAACCACGGCGACCGCAUCGACAUACCAUCCGGAGCUGUUCUUGAGAAUAAGAUCGUUUCUGGCAACCUUCGCAUCCUGGACCACUAACUUAUCGCACAUAGUGCACCUUCUUUCCGAAACCAGAGACCAGUUAAUGAUAUAAACUACCUCUCGCCAGUAUCGAUAUUUUGGAAGACAAAAUCAUCUUCGUCAAUCUGCGCUUACUAGACCAGUAACUAUUCGUAUUUCUGCAACACUACAGACCAGAAGAAAAGUAACAUGGAGUAUCAAGCCUUAAGGUACGUCUAGAUAUGGCGAAUGUACUGCGAACGCCUCACCAAGGUUCACUAAUUACUUGCAUUACAGAUGUAGUGCAUAAAUGUUUUCCAUCGUAUUUUCUCGGAAACGUUCGUAUUUGUCAUGCUACUUCAGUCAAGCUCAGUACUUUUAUACCGAGACUGACUGAAAUAGCAAGACACGUUCGUACGUUUCCGUAGAAUAAUUAUGCACUACUUACAUCCGUACGUAGUAUGAUAUGAAGCGCGCCUGCAGUGCGCGAAAGAUUCGCGAAUGUCGCGUUAGCGGGCAUAUUAUUCGUCAGAUCUGGACGCGACCUUUUAUUUUAUAACGUUAGUAUAUACUUAAUGCUUAUGUAAUGAAAUAAGGAUAAUACCGCGUUAUUUCAAACGUUUGUUAUAGUAAUUUUAUAUUGUUCGAUGUUUUAACCUUAUAGGUUAAUAGGCGAAUAAGAACUUGGAUAUACAAUAAACAUUUGGGGUGUUUAUACAUUUACUUCCAAAUGUGGUAGAUACCUAUACGGUUUUUAGUCUCGACAGUAUGUUAACACGGUCUUAUCACUUAUCUUAUAGUAAUAUAUUCCACAUAACUAUUUAUCUGUUAAGAGAUUAUCUAAGAUCUUUAAAUAGGAAAUACGUCACGUCAUGUUUACAACUAGUCUAUAGGUAACUAACUGCGAAAUCAUGUAGAUUCGGAAUUAUGUUAAGUGUUAAGUAUUUAUAUUAUAUUAUGUCAAUUAUUUGCUCGCAUUCUUUCUAAUAUUUGCUCAGUAAAACGGUAUUUUGCAAGUUAGAUUAGUAUUUGAUUAUGUACCCCAUAUUUAUACUGACAUAAAUAGUACUUAUAUAUUAUACAUAUAAUUUCAGACAUAAUGUAUUGUUGCUUUAAGAUCAGUCAAUGAAAAAUCCAGGAUACCUUAUGUUGUAGAGAAUAAGAUACUUUUUUGUAGUUUAUCUUUAUUUUAAAGUCGAUAUAAUCGCAUUAUAUUCUAAGCUUGCAUAAUAUCCAAUAUGUAUUGUAGUUAUUGUAAAUUGCCAAAAAUAAAUUUAUUUUGCACGUUUUUAUUAGCAUUGUCUAUUUUUAAGAUUUUUAUCACAAUAGUUUUAAACAAAUGCUGUAUUUAUGGCUUGUGGAACGGGCCAACAAUGUUAUUAUGUUAUUUAAUUUUUCUACUUAUUUGUAGAUUAGAGCUGUAUUUGAUAUUAGCAUUGUGUCAUGAAUUGUUCAAUUGUUGUAGUAAACUGUUGAAAAAAAAAGUUUGUUUAAUAUUUCCUUGAUAAACAUUCUAUCCAAAGAAUAUAAUAAUAUAUAUUCUAUCUCUCUCUGAUAGGUCACUAGAUGGCGUUAUCCAUAAGCGGAUGUCAAAACGAGAAAUGUUACAACUGGAGAUGUACUGUCGUUAUUAUGAUACGUGUCUUUGACACAAAGUGGGAUAGGUAUGUUAGUAAAAUAAAGCUUAGUAAUAUAA